AUGAUUCAGAAUAUUGAGAAGACAGCUCUGCUCUCUGAGUAUGUCAAUCUGCUUACUGCUGAGAUGAAACCUGAGACAGCAGAUCAGGAAAUGCAGGAUUUUGAGAUACAGGUUGAUCUGACUGAGAAGAAGCAGCAGAAACUCUUCUCUGAGAAGGCAGUGAAGAGAGAUUUUGAGAUGAUUAUUAUCUCAGAUGAGAAGAAGAAGAAGAAGAAGAAGAAUGAGAAGUGA